AGAAUCAUGGUAAAAAGCAAUGGGAUUUGGACGUGGGGUCUGGUUCCUUGGUUUCUUCCAGCCUUAGCAAGCCAGAGGUUUAGGAAAGACAAAGCCCAACAUAAGAGGUGUGAGGAAGACCUGAGUAGUGCUGAUGGAACUUUGGCAUGAGAAAGCGGCUUCCCUCUGUAACAGAACUCCCCUGUGCUCUCCCAGAAACCCGCCCGAGUUCUCAGCUGUGCCCAGGUAUUUGGGAAUAAGAUGAUCAUUCCUUCCCUGGAUGGAGACCUCUUCCAGUGGGACCGAGACCGGGAGAGCAUGGAAGCCGUUCCUUUCACCGUCGAAUCCCUUCUUGAAUCUUCUUAUAAAUUUGGAGACGAUGUUGUUUUGGUUGGAGGAAAAUCUCUCACUACAUAUGGACUCAGUGCAUUCAAUGGAAAGGUGAGGUACAUCUGCUCUGCCUUGGGUUGUCGCCGGUGGGACAGUGAUGAGAUGGAAGAGGAAGAGGACAUCCUACUUUUGCAGCGCACGCAGAAGACUGUCAGAGCUGUCGGGCCUCGGAGCGGCAGUGAGAAGUGGAAUUUCAGUGUUGGACACUUUGAACUUCGGUAUAUUCCAGACAUGGAAACUAGAGCUGGAUUUAUUGAAAGCACCUUUAAGCCCAGUGAAAACAAAGAAGAAUCGAAAAUUAUUUCAGAUGUGGAAGAACAGGAAGCUGCCAUGCUGGAUACAGUCAUAAAAGUUUCAGUCGCCGACUGGAAGGUUAUGGCAUUCAGUAAGAAGGGAGGACAUCUGGAAUGGGAAUAUCAGUUUUGUACUCCAAUUGCAUCUGCCUGGUUGCUUAGAGAUGGAAAAGUCAUUCCCAUCAGUCUUUUUGAUGACACAAGUUAUGGUUCUACUGAGGAAGUUUUGGAAGAUGAAGAAGACAUUGUAGAAGCUGCCCGAGGAGCAACAGAGAAGAGCGUGUACUUGGGAAUGUAUAGAGGCCAGCUGUAUCUUCAGUCAUCAAUCAGAAUUUCAGAAAAGUUUCCUACAAGCCCCAAGGCCUUGGAAUCUAGUGAAAAUGCAAUUAUUCCUUUGCCAACCAUCAAAUGGAAGCCCCUAAUUCAUUCUCCUUCCAGAACUCCGGUCUUGGUAGGAUCUGAUGAAUUUGACAAAUGUCUUAGUAAUGAUAAGUUUUCUCAUGAAGAAUACAGCAAUGGGGCACUUUCAAUCUUACAGUAUCCAUAUGAUAACGGUUAUUAUCUACCAUACUACAAGAGAGAAAGGAACAAACGGAGCACACAGAUCACAGUCAGAUUCUUUGACAACCCAAGUUACAAGAGCCUCCGCAAAAAGGAUCCCGUUCUCCUCUUACACUGGUGGAAAGAAAUAGUUGGAACCAUUUUGUUUUGUAUCGUCGCAACAACUUUCAUUGUGCGCAGACUUUUCCAUCCUCAGCCUCACAGACAAAGGAAGGAAUCUGAAACUCAGUGUCAAACUGAAAAUAAAUAUGAUUCUGUAAGAGCUGAAACUAGUGACAGUAGCUGGAAUGACAUCAAAAGUUCUGGAUAUAUCUCACGAUACCUAACAGAUUUUGAACCAAUUCAGUGCAUGGGUCGCGGUGGCUUUGGAGUUGUCUUUGAAGCUAGAAACAAAGUAGAUGACUGCAAUUAUGCUAUCAAGAGGAUCCAGCUGCCCAACAGAGAAUUGGCUCGGGAAAAGGUCAUGCGAGAAGUUAAAGCCUUAGCCAAACUUGAACACCCAGGAAUUGUGAGGUAUUUCAAUGCCUGGCUGGAAGCACCACCAGAGAAGUGGCAAGAAAAGAUGGAUGAAAUCUGGCUGAAAGAUGAAAGCACAGACUGGCCGCUCAGCUCUCUUAGCCCCAUGGAUGCACCAUCUGUGAAAAUACGCAGGAUGGAUCCAUUCUCCACCAAAGAACAUAUUGAAAUCAUAGCUCCUUCGCCACAGAGAAGCAGGUCUUUUUCUGUGGGGAUUUCCCGUGGCCAGACAAGCUCCUCCGAAAGCCAGUUCUCUCCACUGGAACUGUCAGGAAUGGACCACAGAGACAGCAGUGGGUCAGCAGAUGCAGUGAACAACCUGCAGGACAGUUGCCUCACAGACUGUGAUGUAGAAGAUGGCACUAUGGAUGGCAAUGAUGAGGGGCACUCAUUUGAACUUUGUCCUUCUGAAGCUUCUCCCUGCGUGAGGUCAAGGGAAACCUCCUCUUCCAUAGUAUUUGAAGAUUCUGGCUGUGAUAACGCAUCCAGUAAAGAAGAGCCCAAAACUAACCGAGUGCAUAUUGUCAACCAUUGUGCUAAUAAACUCACUGCCUUCAAGUACUCCAGCAGCAAAUCUUCUUCAGAAGCCACCUUGUCUGUUUCUCCUCCAAGACCAACCACUUUAAGUUUGGAUCUCACUAAGAACACUGCGGGGAAACUCCAGCCCAGCUCACCAAAGGUGUAUCUUUACAUUCAGAUGCAGCUGUGCAGAAAGGAAAACCUCAAAGACUGGAUGAACCAGCGGUGUGCACUGGAGGAGCGGGAGCGGGGUGUGUGUCUGCACAUCUUCUUGCAGAUCGCAGAGGCCGUAGAGUUCCUGCACAGCAAAGGGCUCAUGCACAGGGACCUCAAGCCUUCCAACAUAUUCUUCGCAAUGGAUGAUGUGGUCAAGGUUGGAGACUUUGGGCUAGUGACUGCCAUGGACCAGGAUGAGGAGGAGCAGACUGUUCUGACCCCCAUGCCAGCCACACACACAGGACAAGUCGGGACCAAAUUGUACAUGAGCCCAGAACAGAUCCAAGGAAACAACUACUCUCAUAAAGUGGACAUCUUUUCCUUAGGCCUGAUUCUGUUUGAACUGCUGUACCCAUUCAGUACUCAGAUGGAAAGAGUCCGGACCUUGACUGACGUAAGAAAUCUCAAAUUUCCACCACUGUUCAUUCAGAAAUAUCCCCGUGAGUAUGUGAUGGUUCAAGACAUGCUCUCUCCCUCACCUGUGGAACGGCCUGAAGCCACGAACAUCAUUGAAAACGCUCUGUUUGAGGACUUGGAGUUGCCAGGGAAAGCAGUGCUCAGACAGCGGUCUCGCUCCCUGAGCACAUCAGGCACAAAGCACUCGAGACUGUCCAGCGCCUCUGGCAGCCCUGCACCGAGCAGUUAGCCUGCGGCCUGCAGCUGCAGGACAGUGGCCGCCUCCUCUCCAGAGUGGUGGAUGUGAACAUUUUGUUCUUUGCUCACUCUUACUUUGGGCUGUGUUUUAAACCGGGCUUAGGGCCUCACCUGUUCUGAGCCAACUCUCGCUUUUGCUCUUCUCAUGGGACAGGGCUGCCUGAGUGACCCAUGGUCCCUGAUCUCUGUUGGUCUUCUGAAAUUGGCUUGCGCAGCCUUAUACCCUCACCUUUCGCCUCAGAGGUAGAAGCAAUCCCUAAAAUAGCUUUAAAGUGGCAAUAUUUUUAUAAUACAGAUGAAUAAACCUUCCUCCCAUUGUGAAAACUAUUGUUCUAGAAAUACACUUUCUAGAAAGAUAAUGACAUUGGAACUGAUUUCUAAAGAAGCUGACUUCUUUUUUGUCCCUGGUGGGUAAUGAAGAAUCUGCACUAUUGUGGAGGACAAAUAGCACAAACUCUGUGACUGUUUAGGUUUAUAGUUUUAUAGUCCUAUUUGUAGCAUUAAAUAGUUUUAUUCCUUAGAUGGUUCUAGGGAGCAUUUAAGAAGUUUUUGUACUUUACCUCCAGUAAAGCCAACAAAGGGGAAAUGAAGCUUUGUAUGUAAUUGGGUUUAAAUUCUUGUUGGGAAGGAAAAAGCUGUAGUUAAAAAUGGAUAUUGUUUUACAGCUAAUUUCUUUAGGGACUUUUUAACCUCAUAAAAUCAUCAGUGUCUUCUGUGUAAUCCUGCAGGUGGGUACAUCUCCAAACUGAUUAUAGGUAACAGUUUAAUCAUUUCACAUGCUGACAUGUUUUUAUUUUCCCCUGUAAAUAUUUUUAUUUUUUAUUUAUAAAAAUUCUGGAAUCAAUCCAUUUGGGUUGGUGGUGUACAGAACGCACUUAAGUGUGUUAACUAUUGUG